GUCAGCUCAUUUUUCCCACUUUCUCCAAUGGCUCCGGUAACAGCACGUCUUCUAAUAUCGUUAGGCGGCUUCUCUGAGACACUCUACCGGUGUUAUCGCUCUUAAAAUCUGCUAGCUUGGAGCAAGCCCAUGUUGGACUGGCGCUGCUUAUCGCCUGACAACACUCGUCCUCUUCGCCUUUGCACAUAAAAGUAUUCUUUUCUCACACAUUUCUGGCAAAAGAUGGCUCAAACGGCGGGUUUGGAAGACGUGCUGGCGGCGGUCGCUGACAAGUCGAGUUCGAAAACUGCUGGACUCCGAAGUCGACCGGGCUCCAGCGAGAGGGACGCUCAGGUGCGGGCAGUGAAAGCCGCGCUGCAGUCCCGCCUGGGGCCCUACGAGCCGCUGCUCACCUACCUUCAGUCGGUGCUGGUGUGGGAAAGACCAGUCCAAUGUCUGCUACUCUACGUGCUGGUCAACGUUGUGUUCUGGUUCUUUGCCCUGACGUCCCUGCGUCCGUUGUUCCUGCUGGCGUCCGGCAUGGUGGUCGUGGUCUGCGUGGAAACAUGGAGGAAUAAGAUUUGGCCAAAGCUCAGAGUCAGGAACCGGGAUGAAUCCGAAAGUGAGAGCUGGGGCCUGGUGCAGCCCGGCAUCCUCAGCGUACCCGAGCUGUGUCACCACAUCGCAGAGGCUUGGGUCAGCGCGGUUGUUCUUGCGUCCAAUGUGAUGCAUUUCAAACGAUUCAACCCCGGCAAGUUCUGCAUCCUGACCUCCUGCCUCUUCUUCUCUUUGGCUGUGAUUGGACGCUACGUUCCUGGGUUGGUGCUCUCCUACUCAGCUGUGUUGGCAACCCUCCUUGCCCCACUCGCAGCCUACAACCGAGUUUUUCAGCGCGUGUUUGUGAAGCUGGAGCCGGGCCUGCAGCGCCUUGACUUCAGCGUCAGUGGAUACAUGAUGUCCAAGCCGCUGGACAACCAAUUUUUGCGCAUCCCUCUGCGCGGCGUCGUCUCCGACGAAGACAGUGAAGAGGAGCUGGCUGCUUUCUGUCCUACGUUUGACGAUGGUGUCGUGGCGAAGGAACUAACUCUGACUGACUCGGAGCACUCUGACGCUGAGAUUUCAUACACUGAGAACGGGACAUUUAACCUGUCCCGGGGCCAGACACCAUUAACAGAGGGCUCUGAGGAUCUGGACAGACACAGCGACGCCGAGGAAUCUUUUGCUCAGGAUCUUCCCGACUUCCCUUCUAUCAACCCAGAGGCCACCCUGCUGGAGGACGACGACGACACCAGCAUCGGGCUGCCCAGCCUGCAGAGUCACCGUGCUUCCGUACUAGAUGUAGAUUCUCACCUGGACUCAGACCAGGAGGACCUAGAUGCCGAAAUGUCCCUCAGCGGCCUGCCGCCCGCCUCGGACUUCGCGGGCGAACUGGCGGGCGACAUCGCCAGCAACAUGAUCCGAGCGGCACUGGUCAGCGCCAUGGGGACCCGGCGUCCCUCAGCCCAGCGCGGACGAGUGCCCCCCAGGGCGAACGCCCGCCGCGGCUACCGCAAGCAGUCCAGCUCGGAGCUGGACACGGACUUUGACGUGGAAGACUUUGAGAUGCUGGAUCAGUCCGAACUGAGCCAGAUGGACCCCAUCGGACAAGGGCAACGUCGAGAGAGUCAGGGCUCCAACUUCCUCUCAAACUUUCUCGGUAAACCCCAGUGAAAAAAAAAAGUUUAAACCUUUAUGGGUGAGUUGGAAUCUUACAUAUUAGCAAAAUAUUUUAAUGUUAAACCCCUGCCCCUGUCUGGUCAGCAUCACCUUUCGCACUGUGAAUAUUUUAUGGAACACAUUGGAUCCUGCGGGAGUAAGAAAAUAUUUGUAUGUUAGAUGUCCAAUCCAUUUGAACUGGGAGGGUCACCCUCCCACUUCUAGUGGAUUUGACAUGUACUAGUGAUAAAGUCAAAAAAAUUCACAGUUAAAGGUGAUUGGAUGCCACAUGAUUGGCUGUCUAGAAUCGUCAGUAGCACUGGAAGAGUUGAUCAUUGUGGGACCAAAUCUGACAUUCCCAUUCAAGCCAUCAACUGUUCCUUCGUUACCGGAGUUGCUUUUCUGCUAAUUUACACUUCUUUGCAAGUUGUGUAAAGGUUGCACAUUUUUAUUUCGAAGACAAUCUGGAAUGACACACUGACAAAAAUGUGUUCUAGGAAUUGUAAAGAGUGUGCAUUAACUCUUUCAGUGCCGUUGACAAUGGUAGACGUCCAAUCAUGUGGUGUGUGAAUUCUACAAGUUUGUCACUAGUAGAAAAAUAUUUUACUGUGGGGUUCUGUUACUUUUAGAGUUUAGUUUUGUCUUUGCUGUAUGAACAACUUGACAUGCUCUUUAAAUGAUUGUUUGCAAAAGAACUCCAAUCCAUUUGAAAUGAUUCAUUUGCUGCCAUGCCUCCUACUUCAAAUGAAUUUGACACCUUGUUGUGUGACAAACUCAUUAAAAUUCAUAGCAAAAGGAUGAUUGGACGCCACAUGAUGGGACAUCGGUGGAUGUCAAUGGCACUGUAAGAGUUAAACAACCCAAUGCAGCCGAAAGUCAUGCUGAGCUUUAUUUUUUUUUUCAAGUUUAUACAAUCACGAGACACUUUUGGUUUCCUUAAAAGUGACCCAUCUUUUCGGUAUUUUAGUUUUUAAAAGUGGCCGGUGAAUUUUUACCUGACUACACAUUGACUUAAUGAAAACAUGAAUUGAUAAUCCAUACAGUACACUCAAGUGAGCCAGUUUUGAGUUCAAUCAGAAUUCUUGUCUUUUCACAUGUGGUUUUGAUAGAAAAUCACAUUCCCAUGAACAAUCAGCACAAAAACAGCUGGAUUCACUUUACAAACAGGCAAAGAACAAUUGACUCUCUGUUCAAUUGUGUAUUUUCCUCUCUGCAAUCGUUUUUUAUAUGUUUUGAUGUGAAAAUUAUAUUGAAUAAACUGUUUUCGACUAAAAUGCUUGGGAUUUUA